AUGCCAUUUAAGAGCGCAGAGAGUGUUCCAUGUCCUCGUUGCGGUCAUGCAACUUUUCAUGCAGAAUCAGUUCCAGCAGCUGGUAAAUUGUGGCAUAAAACAUGCUUUAGAUGCGGUCUUUGUAAGAAAAUGUUAGAAAUGCCAACAUUAGCUGAGAACGACGGAGAUAUAUACUGUAAACAAUGUUACACUCGAAAAUUUGGUAUUCGUGGUGUUGGUUUCGGUAUUGGCGCUGGAGCACUUGGUAUGGAUGCCGGUGAGCGAUUUGGAAAUACGCAAUCUACGUUGAGUAGACACAAUUAUCCUCCAAUGCCUCAUCUUGCACCAACCAGUUCGAAUAACAAAUCAGAAUAG